AUACUAUUUGUAUAUUUUACUUUUUUUUUCUUCUUUUAAACCAAGUACUAUCAGAAGAUUCCAUAGAUGGUAAGUUUAUAUGUUUAUUGCAUAGAGUUGUUGUAUCCUGUUGUGUGACGGAAAUACGGAAUUCUAGAGAACGACAUGGGCAACCAAAUAACAAACGUUCCCGGCCGGGCCAAAUUUUCCAAAUUCUGACGAAGUUUAAUGAAGAACCUUAACGAGUGUUUUGAAACAACCCGACUUAUCACACCAGUUAAAACCACGAUGCUCGGUAUCCGAGUAAACUCAAUAAAGACUGGUCUACAUAGGUUUAAAAUAAUUCUCAUUGAAUGCAUGAACGACCAGCUAAAAAGGACUCCCCCGACGCGACCAGCCCCCAAAAACCCAGGCACUAAUCCAAGAACAAUUUUUUUAUACGCAUAAAUCAUAAAGUUUUUAUGUAGGCAUGACAACCUGUAAGAGCUUCUAAGUUGAAGAGGAAAGCAAGCGAAGGUCGACGUCAUACGCCCUAAGCAUCACGUACAACGUACUCAGUUCAGAACGGCGGUACCCAAAGCUCUUUCAAAGUUAAGGGUAAACCCUAAGCGUAGCUUAAACUUCUUUUAGGACGAAGUGAUCAGCUGAAUAAUUAUCGGUACCUCAUCUUUUAGAAAAGGAUUUAAAGUUGCUAAAGCUUUAUAUAAUCUACUCGAUAGAUCCAAGGUAGCGUCACAUGGUUUGUUCUAGAAAAUUUUAUUUAAACACUAUCAUUGAAUUACUUUUCAAACUGUCACACAUUCCACCAAGGCGAUUUUGAGCGCACUGACUUACUCACAAUAAUCCCCAAAAACAUUACAUUACAUCUAUAACGAUAUAUCACGCACUUUUGACCGGGUCAACCUUAAUUUACUUAUCCAAAAUAUAAUCAUUGCAGAUUUUAGGGUGCACAGUCAAUGUACUCGAUGCAACUCGGAGAGCCUCAGAAUUGGUUUUUUGCCUUGCUACUAUUUCAUGCCUCCGCCUAAGACCUCAUAGCGACAGUACUCUGUGAUAUUCAGUGCUAAUUAAUGAUUUAUACGUCUAUUGAUCUUGCCAAAGAUGUAAGCAAACUUUGAUUUGAGGAAAGCUUGGUUUGAUCCAGUUUAUUUGCAAUUAGUAGGAUGUUGAUUUAGGCAUAUAGGUGUACAGCCGGAUGGAAGACAUCGAUUGAUCGUAGACUUAAUUAACAAAGAAUUUCAACGCCUAAAGUUUCCCUAUGUGAGCCUGCCCUUCUAAAGUCUAGACUUUAUGCACCAUAUCUCAAGCGUUCAGUCAGCAAACAGGAUUUGCAAUUUGAUAUUUUACCGCUUUAUAAUUAAAGCUUUGAAACUUUAUGUUAAAUUUAACUGCAGUUAUAUAGAUAUAUAUAUAUAUAUAUAUAUCUUGUAAAAUCAGUUCUUGUUCUACAUAUGCGUUAGUUAACUAUCUUCUAACAAAACUUUACAUGAAUACUGUUUUUACCAGGCUUGUCUACUGUAGUAUUAAAAAGCUAUGAAUAUGCGCGCUCCUCCUAGAGUUUAGUAUCAGGCGCGUUUCAAGCUGGCGUGACGUGUUGAUUGUUAACAGAUUAGAUUCCUGUUGAUUAUCAUUCUACUAUUAGGUUUAUUACCUAUCAAAGACUUUGUGAUCUCGAUUUAGUUUACGACAUGUUUUUAUAGUUAACAACCUUAAUUGUGGUGUACGUAGGCAUCAAGUAAGACGUGCGGGAUGAUUUACCCUUUCUGAAACCAUAAAAAAAACUCGUUAAAUUGUGCGCAAGUGGUUUCCUUUAAAAUAGCCGUGCCACAAUCACACAUUGCGCGCAGAAAAAUAAGGUGUCGUCAUAUAAGGCUAGAAUGUCGGAGACCGGAUUUCUUAAUGUAAUUUACCAAAUAAGAUACAACAAUCGAUUAGACUAAAUUACACCGACUAACUUCAUGCAGUCCGUUCGAAAAAAAGUGUUCUCUUUCGCUGCACAAAUCAAUACCAUAUUGUAUCGCUCUUUGAUGGGCUCUGUCUUCACCCAUAUUUAGCCCGCCAUAUCUGUUUUGUAUGCAUAUUCGGGCAGUAGCAACAUUUAUGCUAAGGGUUGAUACUUAGUUGUCCCUGUUAGACCUACACAAUUCGCAAAUUUAGCCAAGCUAUUAGUUUCUAUUGUAACAAAUACAACUGCUUACUUCUAAAUGAUAACAUUCGUUAGUUUGUUUGUGGUACGUUAUAUAAACUCAUGUUACGUAAAUUACGGCUAGCACGAAACCGGACCUGUAUGCAACAACUGGACGGCACGCUGUCACCGGUUGAUAGAUCUGCAACGAGUCGCAUAGAUGCAGGAUCAACGAUUUGCCGAUUUCCGAUUAAAAAUAUUACAGAACAGGACUAGACAGGAUUCACCGCACUUCUGUGCGGGUGUUCUAUUAUGCACCUCGUUAGCAGCGCCUUUCUAUCGCCCCAUGAUGCCAUCUGAUUAUUGCUGACCAUGUCUUGGAUACGUAAAAUCCUUUUGAGUAUGAAGUGUGUACUUAUGCUUCGCGCAGUGCACGAUUUUAGCCAAUUCCCAGUAUGGGAAAGCUGUUCGUGGUUAUCGAUGCUGCCGUUAUUAACUUUACCUAUGGGUGGUCUGCUAAGUGGGGCUCAGCUGAUUAUCCUUGAAGUACGCUCAUGUGUGCGCGACAAUUUCUUUCACAGUUUAACUCUAAUUUUUGGCCGAGUGCGACGGAGAAGAUGAGCGGUUUUGCACCACGAAUCCUGGAACUACUACGACAGCAUGAAUAUCCUGGGUCAGAACUAUUCACAGAAGUGGAUGUCGAAAUACUUGCACAGGAUAAAAAUGUAGCUGCUUUUUUCACUAAGAUAGCAGAGAUGGAUCGCAGCCUCUUCCUGACCAAAGAACAAUCUACAGUACUUCAGUUGGCCGGAGAAUUAAACGAUCUUCAAUCGAUUCCGUUAGAUGCUGUUUCCGCUCGCCAGGAGCGAGUUGCCCUUGAACAGAAGAAACGCCAGAACAAAACAAUAAAAAUGCGAUUAAGGCAUAAGCUCGAGGAGAAAAAGCAGCUUGAGGACGCGAUUGCCAUGUUGGAGGAGGAUGAACGCAAGAGAGUCGAUUAUCGGCUUCGACGAAAGGAUGAGAUUGCCGAAGCUCAGGCGCUUCACCAAAAAGCACUGCAGACAUUGCACUAUGCGCAGCAAAGAGCAGAAAACGCUAUUAGUAAGCUGAUCGUCCGAGGCCAACAACACCUGACGACUUUGACGGGUAUUAUUGGAAAGCUCAAAAGUUCCAAUGGAUUGCGAAACAUCUUAAAGGACGACAAAUAUAUUCAGCAAGCAAAUGACUUGGUCGACGCAGUGGAGACUCUAAACGGGAUAGUAAACUUGAUCACAAUCGAUCCGGAACGAUAUGCGGUACCGGUCACUGCCAAUGGCAACCGAGUGUACAUUCUAAGAACCUUAAGGGAUACAGUCUCGCAGCUCGACGAGCACUCUGACACCAUUAUUUCUAAAUUAUCGCUUCUAUGUGGCGACUCAGCAGCGUUUCCACCUUUCAAAGCUGCUUUAAAUUUAUAUCGGCUUGAGGUCCAGGAUGCCCUUUAUGGGGUGAUCAACGAAGUUUUCGAAAUGGCCACCGGUGACCUAAGGCGCCGUCUUCAGCAGGUGGGACCAUUAAUCAACUCGUUGAAGGCUAUCGUCUGGGCUCAACGAUGCAUUCUCAUGGAGGAAAUCACUAUACUUCAGAAAUGCGGUCAGAUGUUGGACUUGAGCGAGGGUUGGAUUAAGUCGGUGAUAUCGGAGGUACAGAAUAUCGAAGUUGGCUCGAAAAAUACUUCGACAAUGAGCUGGAGUCGGUCACCUAUAAAUCAGAUGAGCGAGGGAUACUGCACAACACUCGGUUCUACGCAAUCACUUCCUGACUCUGUUGAGAGCAGCAUCUCAGUCGAACUUGCGAGCCUCGAAGCCGAUGCGGUAGCUUACGGAGCUUCAUGUACGAGCUGGAGAGCUCCGCAAACAAUCCAACACGUGAAUGAUACACUUGCUGCGGUCGCACGGUCAUGUAAUAUGUUGAUUAAAAGCUGCGAGAGAAUGCAAAACGAUCGGAACAUCUUAACAGGGCCUGAGGGUGUCCAGAUCGUCUCAGAGACGGGGCGAACACAACUUGAAAUGGUGAAGUUCGAAAACAAACGAAAAAAGGAACUAAUUAUCAGCCUUCUAAAAAAACACGAAUGUCUUCUCAAGGACCGGGAGAGCCAGAAUGACGCUCAUCGACAACGGACAAGCAUCCCACUACUUAUACUUGAAAAGAACAUCCAAUGCCAAGCAGAAGCUUUUGACUGUACUGCCCAAAAUGCUAUUGGAAAUACAGCAGCUUGACUUGUAGCGCUCUUUUGCAAAGAACAUGUUUUAUUCUACGAAAUCAGCGAAAAUCUAGGGUGUGAAGUGCUUAUUCAGAUUUGAUAUAUCCUUGUACGAAUAAAUACUAGAUGAGUCAUUUGUCGGCUUGCAUCUUUUAAUUUUGGUGAUUAAGUUGUUGUUGUUGUUGUGUCAAGUUGGUGUACCGACAUCGCGCGGUUCUUUUAGAUGUUUGGGACUAUAAGGUGAAAAUUUAGCCGCAAUAACUGACUGCAACGCCUACUACUAAAUAAAAGCUUUUUUCUGGCUUUGGCUCUGCAUAGGUAUCUGUUUGAGUCGACUAUUUCGACUUCGAGCAGGUUUCGUUAAAAAUUUCCGAAUCUAUUGAACCGAAAUUAAUAAAUGGCCAAAAGUGGAGGUAUUUCGUAUUCUCAUUACAUACGUGGGAAAACCUUUAUAAGCUACUUGCAGUUUCGUGCGAGAAAGUUAGUAAUUAAACAAAACUAAAAGAAAUGCUUUUUUUUCUGGGCAAGGCUGUUAUUAUGGCUAAAGAAGCCCAUGCUUUUAGAUACUACCAAGUUAGGCAUAUCGAUAAUUCUUUGUUUGUUGUAGGUCCACAUGAGGUUCCGCUACGCAGUGCGAAAUUUUUAAAUGGUCGAGAUACUGGCACAUCCACGAAACGGACUUCCUUCGAAAAAAAAGACGAGGAGCAGUAACAGUGUGAGCACCUAAUGUUUUUUUAAUUUGCGGGUGAUGGUUAGUUUUUACUUUCCUAAAUAUUGAAUCAUCCCAUAGGUGAACCGUGAGAUAUGACGGGGGCCAUCCGCCAAGGGGAACUUUCGGCAUAACUAAACGGAUUUACACUACUAAUAGUCAGUCUCGAUGUGGAUUUCUGUACGCGUUAUUCUUUCUGUCAGUUAUUGACCACUGGAUUUGUAAAUGGACUUAUCUGGAGUUUUCUCCAACAGAUCUGUAAAACGACAUAAAAGCAAUAUGCAAUAAUAACAGCCAUUUGUCGACCCGAAAAUCUGAACUAGCGAUAGCUGCACGUUCAUGGUUGCCAUGGCAAUGCACUCAACAAAAUACCAUCAUUCACUUGCAUCACGCCGUCCCACUGAAGCUUACAGCGAUUAUGCAUGAUUCUAGUAUAGAUAAUUGUGAAUCGGAUCUAUGGCCAUGUUGACAACAUUGUUUUGUCGGUUUAUAGGAAGUUCGUCAAAUUAUUUGUCAAAAUCGACCACAGUUAAUACGUUGACUAUAACCAUAUGUGGUAUAGCCAAAAAACGCUACCCUACAUUAAUUUUACAUAUGUACACACAUAGAUGCAGUCAUACCUAGGCGAAUCAUAGUCUACGGCCACUAAAGGAAUUGAAAGAAUAAAAUUUUUUUUUUGCAAAGCUAUCGUCGACGGCGUCCGGUUUUAUAUACGCACAAAAAGUAGUGGUCCCUAUAGCCUCCAAGGUUACCAUGUAAUGUAAUAACUCUUUCAAUCGUAACUUGCUUCCAGUUUGCCUUCAAAGAUGUCAGCCGCUGGAUGUAGUCGAAUGUAACCGGGGUACCCAGAAAGAGCGGCAAAACGGUGAGGCCUCCUACUAUGACUGGCAAGCAAACGAGAACAAAGCGACGUAGACAGCAAUAUGAUAUUGCAUUUCUUAGGCUAUUACCCUUCUUGCACUGAUGCGUGACCUUGUCAUGAAAAAAAAAUUCUAUUACAGAAAAAGAAUUAAGCACGCUCGAUAGAGACAUCUAAAAGUGAGUCAUUAAAAAAACCGGAGAUCAGGCUGUGGGGACAACAUAAAAAGGAACACAAGCAGGCCAUUGGUGCCGAGUGAUCUACAGAAGAUAUUUGGAAAGGAAAUGCUGCGAAAAGAUUCAACGAAGAGCUCAGCAACUCAAGAGAUCGUGUUAACUGCAGGCAUGGAAUGGCCGGACUGUGCUUAUAUAAGCGCAAAUUCACCGCGUGCUACCAUAGCAAAAGAGCGUCCUCUUCAAAUAUUCAUAGCCAAAGAAUAUAAUCGAGUUGAUGAUACAACGCGGAAAACCAUACCAUCCCAAUUUUCGAUCGAACAAGACAUCCGCGCAGAAAGUGAACAAGGUUACUAUUAGGGUAAGACAAGACGAGAACGAUUUCGGUGCUCUCCACCUUGGUUGCUGUUCGUCUGCAAAGGAGAAGUCGAGAGUGGUAGACUUUUGUUUUACUAGAAAGGUUCUAGAAGCAGACACUGGAAGGCCACUUACUAGAAGGCCAAGCAGCUUAAAAACUGGCGCAUACGAUUGACCGUCAACAAUGUGCUAGACGUUCGACCCAAUUUCCGAAAACCUCACAAAAAAAGGGAAGCUAGACACUGGAAAAAUAAAGUCGCACAAUGAAAUAUGCCACAGAGAUGGCACUUACGGACAUUGCUAAGUAUUUAGGGCGCAUUUAGAUAGGGAAAUGGGGGCACUCUAGAGAGUUCAACAAACGGUGGCAGACGCAACUAAGGUAACCAGCGAACUCGCGCCAGAUACAUAUAACCCAAGUGGGCACAAACAGAGGUUUUCCAUGUCAGUCACUGAAUCUACUACCCUAUUUGGGAGUUCAGUUUGGUCUGCGCCAACGUUGACUGUGAAAGUAACGGGCACUACUGCGAAAAGCUCAGCGCAUUGUUGUACUUUGAAUAGUCCAGGUGUAGAGGACUGUUAGUACCUUGGCGGUGCUAGUCUCAGCAGAAGCGAUACCUCAGAACUUCAAAGUUGACGAACCGCGGAUGCUAUGGCAGUACUUUACUCGUACUACAAAAUCUAAAAGGCAAUUAUAAUUGCCGAGCAAGCGAAGUAAGAAGUGAUACCGCGCAAUCAGGAACAUCAUUCUAAUAACUGCUGACUCGAUCGACGGGGCUGGAGAAAAACAAACGUACUAUAUAACGCAUUUAGUGACAAGUCGCGGGAUCUUCCACAGGUACUUUCAUAGAAUACAUGAGGCAUUUUUGUCGAUAUAGCGUACACCACAGCAGCAGAGGCAAGCCCACUUAGUGGAUUAACCUUUGCUGAAACAGAAGCGAUGCCGGACCACAUAACGGAAGUUCGCAGAAGCGGUGAAUGCUAGUCUCCGCGACUUCGCUCGAAUCUUCUGGGAGACAGCCAAACAAUGGCAUCGAGAACAUCAACUGCUUAAAAAUGUACUCAUUGCGAAGGAAGCACUAGAGAGAACGCUGGAUCAACUGACCAGCCUGCAACAAGGGAAAUAGCUAUAGAUCCAGGUUGUUUCGCAGGGCUUGAGAUUAAUGGGCAUUUAAUGGAAAAUAAACUAAACGACAAUAAACGGAACACUGCUACACAGCCGGUACUUUGGAAAAAAGUGAAUAACAUUUUCUUGAAACUACUGCAGACGGCAAGACGAAGAACAGGACGAGAGGUUUGACCGGGACGCGACUGAUUAAUUUUCAAAUUUACUAGCCGUUCCUGCAAACUUUGGUUUGAGAUAAUAUUUAAAUUAGUUCCGAAUCAAGGUUCAAACAUACGAAGUACAAAAUUUGGUGGGUGAGUCCCACAGUAGUAAACAAAUACCUUAGAGGUCUGCAUAUUGCGUCCGUUCUUGUCAUAGCUAAGAAAGGAAACUAUGUUAUCUAUCAUAAAUGAGAGAUGUUUUACAAAUACAUAGACCAGUUGUUUAUCGUACGUGUGUUUUAUUUCUUUGUUCAGUAUGGUACGCAACACGCAUAGUAGAAGAAAAGGCAAAGAAACAUAUAGGUGCUUCGAGAAACUAAAUUGUAUGGCAUGUGUGACUUAUCAUGCCAAAUGUAAAGCGAGCGUUUUUGGCAAUUUGGUCAGCUAGUGUUGUAGAAAUUUGAGUCAAUGGAAAUCGCCAAUCUCCUAAGAUAUAAGCUACUGAAUUUUGACAUAAUGCAGGAUGAGGGGCCUGUAGAUUUGAAAAUUAUUACAAAACAAAGAUAAAGUACCCUAAGAAUUGCUAAACUGUCAGUAACCGGUUUCCUACACGUCCCACAGAAGUUUCGAUGCUCGUAAAUAAAAGCAGGCGUAUGAGAUGUUAUAGGUGUGUAAAGCUGUUCGCUACAAAACAGCAGCUUACUCCUGAAUACCAAUACUAUGAGCUAACUUGCAUUGGGGACUAUUUAUAUUUUGAAUUAUCAAAGAAGCUUUAUCACUCUCCGUCCUCUUUUCAAUGGCAAUGAGCAAGGAAAUAAAGACAACAAAAUAAAAUUUCCACAAAGAACCAAUUUGUUACGGGGUUAGUAUACACUAUUUAUAUUUAGUUACCCAUGCAUUUCCAAGUGUCCAUAGUUUACAAGAUUAGUUAUUUUCGGUAGCUCAAACAAACCCGCAUGAAAUACCUAAUGAAUCGUUUGCCUGCAUGUACAGUUAUUUCCGUUUAAAUUGUGACUGCUACUAUUUUGUUCCAAUUGUCAUUGUUACUGUUGAGAGCGUAGCUUGUAGACAACUUCGUAUCGUUUCGUUGAGUGAAACACACAUUUUAGUAAUGGAUUUGGCACUGGGUCGCAGUGAAUUUCAAUCUCACAAGACCGCUUACUCAAGAAGAUCUACUUUCAUCCACUAAUAAUCAAUCAGUAUACUUCAAAAUUAAUAUACAAAGAAUUCAUAUUGUUGAACAAAAAAAAUUUGAAAAACGAUUUUCUCCACCCAUGAAGCCAACCCAUAAGCUUUGACGAGCUCACACACGUAUAGGGAUUCGACGAGUUUUGUUAAACUUUUUUUUUACACGUAUGAAAAAUAUGUCAUAUAUU